AUGGCGGCGGGCGGCGGAGGCGGCGGCCGGGCCUCCUCGUCCUCCUCCUCCUCCUCGGCCGCCGCCGCCUCGUCCGCGGCCGGCGCGCUCGAGGCCUCGCUCGAUAGGAAGCUGCAGGCGGUGACCAACACGAUGGAGUCCAUCCAGGGCCUCUCCUCGUGGUGCCUGGAGAACAAGCGGCACCACAGCACCAUCGUGUACCACUGGAUGAAGUGGCUGCGCCGCUCUGCUUUUCCUCACCGGCUGAACCUUUUUUACUUGGCCAAUGAUGUCAUACAGAACUGCAAGAGGAAGAAUGCCAUUGUUUUUAGGGACACCUUUGCAGAGGUGCUUCCUGAGGCUGCUUCAUUAGUGAAGGACCCAUCAGUUUCCAAAUCCAUCGAAAGAAUCUUCAAAAUCUGGGAGGACAGAAACGUGUACCCUGAGGAAACCAUUCUGGCCCUGAAAGAAGCACUGAGUACCACUUUCAAAACUCAGAAGCAGCUGAAAGAGUCUCUGAACAAACCGAAUAAGCCGUGGAAGAAAUCACAAACCUCCACCAACCCCAAAGCUGCUCUGAAGUCCAAGAUUGUUGCUGAAUUCCGACCCCAGUCCCUCAUUGAUGAGCUGCUGCUGUACAAACGCUCAGAGGAUCAGAUAGAGCUCAAGGAGAAGCAGCUUUCCACUAUGAGGGUGGAUGUCUGCAGCACUGAGACACUCAAGUGCUUGAAAGAUAAAACAGGAGGGAAGAAGUUCUCCAAGGAGUUUGAAGAGGCAAGUUCAAAGCUGGAGGAGUUUGUCAAUGGUUUGGACAAGCAAGUGAAGAACGGCCCCUCGCUCACCGAGGCGCUGGAGAACGCUGGAAUAUUCUACGAGGCACAGUACAAGGAAGUCAAGGUGGUGGCAAAUGCCUAUAAGACAUUUGCUAACCGAGUGAGCAACCUGAAGAAGAAGCUGGACCAGCUGAAAGCAACCCUCCCUGAUCCCGAGGAGUCUCCUGUCCCUUCUCCCAGCAUGGAUGCUCCAUCUCCCACGGGCUCCGAGUCCCCUUUCCAGGGCAUGGGGGAGGAGAGCAGCGCCCGCUCUCCCGCGGCUGCAGGACGCAAGAUGGUUUCUCCAGAGCCUGCGACGGAUAAUCGGGAUGUGGAGGACAUGGAGCUCUCUGAUGUGGAGGAUGAUACGUCUAAAAUCAUUGUGGAGGAGAGGAAGGACAAACAGGCAGCUCCAGCCCCGGCCCCUGCCAAGACUGAGAGUGUCCCCAAAGCGGUGCCAUCGGCUGCUGCAGCCGCCACAGCCUCGGGGACAGCGGCCACGCCAGCCCCAGCCCCUCCAACACCCCCAGCUCCAAAGGUGGUGAGCACAGCUCCCAUCCCUCUGGCACCAGCACUUGCCUUACCCAACCUGGCCAACGUGGACCUGGCCAAGAUCAGCUCCAUCCUGAGCAGUUUGACGUCGGUGAUGAAGAGCACAGGUGUGAGUCCCGCCUCGAGACCUUCGCCAGGGACCCCGACCAGCCCCUCAGCUCUCACCAGUGGCCUGAAGACUCCUGUCCUGGGAACCCCAUCUGCUCCUUCGAAUCCAUUAGCAAAUAUUCUCUCCAAAGUUGAGAUAACUCCGGAAAGCAUUCUGUCAGCUCUCUCCAAAACCCAGACUCAGACGGCGCCAGCGCUGCAAGGGCUGUCGUCCUUGCUGCAGAGCGUGGCUGGAAACACGGUUCAGUCAGGAGAAGCUGCCUCACAGAGCACCUCGGCAUCGCCAGCCAACACAACCGUGCCGUGCUUGAAGGGGAGGAAUGUUCCUUCCAAUCCACAGUCCUUUAUAGCCAAAAGUUUUGGUUAUUCUCCAAACUCAACCACCGCAGAGGUUUCCUCCACUUCAGUCAAUAAGGCUCCCGUCGGACAUACCCCAGCACUGUCAAGCUCUGGUUUUAAGCCACCAGCUAAUUCCCUGGGAUUUUCCAGUUCCCACCCUACCAGUCCUUCCUCCCUUUUGCCCACAGAAACCUCACUGAGUCAAUCCUCCGAAAUUUCAAAAGCCAAGCUGGAAUCGGAACCCCCUUCUCCCAGCUUGGAGAUGAAGAUACACAAUUUCCUGAAGGGAAAUCCCGGCUUCAGUGGCCUGAACUUGAAUAUUCCCAUCCUCAGCAGCUUGGGGUCCAGCAUGGCAACGGAGAGUCACAGCUCUGACUUCCAGCGUGGUCCCACCAGCACUUCCAUGGACAAUGUGGACGGGACGCCGGUGCGCGACGAGCGCAGCGGGACGCCCACCCAGGACGAGAUGAUGGACAAGCCAACGUCGAGCAACGUCGACACGAUCUCCCUGCUGUCAAAAAUCAUGAGCCCCGGUUCCUCAACUCCCAGCAGCACAAGGUCUCCUCUGCAGGGCCGGGAUGAUGGGUAUUCCCAAGAACUUCCCAGUUCCGUGCACGGCUACCGGCCCUUCGGCCUCGGCAGGGAGUCCCCGGCCAGCCUGUACAAGCCACCUGUGGACAGCAGGGAGAUGCCCUCCUCCUUGAUGGACUCCUCCCAGGAGAAGUUUUACCCAGAUACAUCUUUCCAAGAAGACGAGGAUUACCGUGACUUCGACUACUCCGGGCCGCCGCCCUCGGCCAUGCUGAACCUGGAGAAGAAGCCGGUCAAGUCUAUCCUGAAAUCGAGUAAACUCCCCGAUUCUGCAGAGUACCAGCCAGUGCUGUCCAGCUACGGGCAGCGCUCGCAGGAGUUCGGUGUGAAGCCAUCCUUCCCCCCGGCCAUGAGGUCCAUCCUGGAUCAGAGCGAGAGCUGUGACCCUCUGGCCUCGUCCCCGGGGAUGUUUGGGAGCUACGGCCGCAGGGGGAAGGACUCGGCCUCGGAUGGUUCCCCAUCUCCCAGCAAGAACGACGUGUUCUUCACGCCAGACUCCAACCACAGCAGCCUGCCCAAGGCCGGCCUCCCGCAGAAGCAAUACUCGGACUCGCCCCACGCGCUUCCCCACCGCUCCUCGCUCUUCUCUCCCCAGAACGCCCUCCCCAGCCCCGCCAGCCGAGCGCCCGCCGGGAGCGGGGACAAACCCUUGGCUUCCUCCAUCUCCGCCACCUCCACCAUCGAGUUCAAGAACAUGCUCAAAAACGCCUCCCGCAAACCCUCCGAGGAGAAGCAUUUUGGGCAGAUUCCCAAAAGCGGCUCCGGCGAGGCGGGGAGUUUGUCCGGGGCCGCCAAGGGCGAGCCGCAGCCGCCGGAGGAGCACUACCGCAUCGAGACCCGCGUCUCCUCCUCCUGCCUGGACCUGCCCGACAGCACCGAGGAGAAGGGGGCUCCCAUCGAGACGCUGGGCUACCACAACGCCUCGAGCCGGGGCAUGUCGGGGGAGCCCAUCCAGACCGUGGAGUCCAUCCGGGUGCUGGGCAAGGGCAGCCGGGGCCACGGGCGCGAGGGGAGCCGGGCGGGCUGGUUCGAGCUGGGCAGCGGCGGGGGCGCCUUCGACAACGGCCCCGCGGGCUCCUCGGAGCUGCCGGGCAUGGGCGGCUUCCCGGGGCCCUACAAGGAGCACGUGCCGCCCUUCCCGGAGAGCGUCAACAACUUCCGAACGAACAACUUCAGCUCCGCCUUCGAGCACCACCUGCCGCCGCCGCCCCUCGCCCCGCCGCCCCUGGAGCACGGGAACCCCUUCCCGCGGGAGCCCGUGGGGCCGCCCGCCGUGCCCCCGCCCGCUCCCGCCAAGGACCACGGCGGCCUCUUCCCGAGGGACCACCCGGUCCCUCCCCGCAUGCCGUCGGUGGAUCACGCCAACCCCUUCUCCAAGGAAACGCCCGCGCCGCUCCCGCUGCCCCACGGCGUGCCGCCGCCCCCCUCGGUGGAGCACGCGGGGGUCCCGUUCCCCACGCCCCCGCCGCCCCCGGUGCCCGGGGAUCACAGCGGGGUCCCCUUCCCCGCGCAGCCGCCGCCGGCCGGGGAGCACGGCGGGGUCCCGUUCCCCGCGCCGCCCCCGCUGGAGCACGGCGCCUUCCCCAAGGAGCACGGUACGAUGCAAGGGACGCUCAAGGAGCACUUCGGGGCGGGGGCGCAGGCCCGGGAGCCGCUGCCCCGCUCCCGGGAGCCCGCGGGGCCCGGAGCCCUGCCCCGGGAGCAGCUGGCGGGGGCCGCGCGCGGGCUGGGCCCCCCCGGGCACCGGGAGCCGUCCGGGGGCCGCGGCUCCGUCCUGCUCCGCACGCCCCGCGCCGAGUUCCGCCCGCGGGAGCCCUUCGGCGGCAGAGACCCCUUCCAGAGCCUGAAGCGGCCGCGGCCGCCCUUCGGCAGAGGGGGGGCUCCCUUCUUCACCCCCAAGCGCCCCUUCUUCCCUCCCCGGUACUGACGCAGCUCCCGGGGCUGCCCUUUCUUUUUUUUUCUUCUUUUUUUUUUUUCUUUUUUUUUUUCUCUUUUUUUUUUUUUUUUUCCCUCCCCUCAACGAUUCCUGUAACCUUCUCCUAAAUUAAAUGUUCUGUACUUUUCGGUUGGUUCUAGCCCCAGCCCCCUUCCCCGCCCACCCCCAGCAUUGGGUGAGACAAGAAAACAAGACACAAAACUGAUGUUUUAACGAGAAGAAGCCACGUUGCUGUUAAAUAAAACCUUCGGUAGUAGUUGAAAGAGUUAAGACAAAAAAUUAAAAAAAAAAAGGAAAAACUCUGAAAGCUUCGAGAGGAGCACUGAGUGGUGUUGGGGUGUUGGUUUCCAGCCGAUCCCCAAAUUGCUGCUGCAGGGAGGGGAGACCUCCCUGUUCCUCCUGUCUGCCAAAAGCACCAAAACAAGGCAAAAAAAGGGUCGAGGAACCCACCCAAACCCACCUCGGAGCUCCACGGGACUGGCAGCGAGAAGGCCCAAGCCUGUCCCCCUGCUUGGGAAGACUUUGGUUGGGUUUGGGUUCAUUUGGGGAUCUUUGGAUUUUUUGUUUUGUUUUGUUUUUUUCCCCCGGGAUCACUGUUGACUUUCUACGUGUGUGUAUAUAGCAAUCACUUUUUAAUUCCCUCCGGGAUCGUUCACCACACGCAGCCGGAGCCCGGCGGGGCCUCAGAGGGGUCCCCCCCUUACACCCAGAGCCGCCCCCGCGGCUUUUAUAUGAAGUUGGGAUUUUACUUGAUUUUAUUUUAAUUAUUUUUUUGUUGGUUUUUAGUUGCCUCCAUCGUACCUGUUUGAUACCGGUGUGGGCUUCAGGAUCUGCAUAAAAACUA